CUUCUAGUGACUCAUGGAGAGGAAGAAGCUCACCGGGACUAUGGUGGGACUUCGGCAAACUUUCCCGAAGCCUUUCGGACUUACCUAAAUAGUCAUGGAGAAAGCCUCACACUUCGGAUAUCGGACUGAAGAUCCUAGUACGAGAUCCUGUUCAUGUAUACGCGAUGAGUCGCCACAAGUACAUGAGCCUUCUUCUCAUUUUCUUUCAAGUCAUAUACAACUACUGUUAUUAAUAUCCCCCUCUGCUUUACAAGUUCAAUCAAAUUGAUUAACCUCACAUCCUCAGCAUUUAAUGGCCAUGGCGCCAUCAGUAACACCUGUACAGACGAUAGAGCAUUUGACUAUCAAGACUCCAGCCAAAUGUUUUGAAAAGAUGGGGAAUCUAAAGCUCAAAGACGGAGACAAGAUCGAAAGAGUCCUUGCCACUUUCAGGGUCCUGAUUGCAGACCUUUGCGAACAGUUCAAUGGUGGUCAUCCCGGGAGUGCCAUGGGGAUGGCAGCAAUUGGCCUUGCUCUGUUCAAGUACACUAUGAAGUUUUCUCCAUCAAAUGCACAGUUCUUCAAUAGAGAUCGCUUUUUGUUGUCAAAUGGGCAUACAUGCCUGUUCCAGUACACUUUCUUGCAUCUUCUAGGCUACAAGAACAUGACCUGGGAGCAGCUAAAAACUUACCAUUCUGACCAUUACGAUUCUUUCUGUCCUGGACAUCCCGAAAUCGAGCAUGAGGGUAUUGAGGUUACGACAGGACCUCUUGGCCAGGGUGUUGCAAAUGCUGUAGGACUUGCUAUGGCCACAAAGCACCUUGGUGCUAGGUACAAUAGGCCUAGUUACCCAGUCGUCAACAACACUACUUUCUGCAUACUUGGAGAUGCUUGUCUACAGGAAGGCGUGGCUCUUGAAGCGAUCCAGCUUGCUGGGCAUUGGAAGUUGAACAAUCUGGUCUUGAUCUACGACAACAAUCAGAUCACAUGCGAUGGUACGGUCGAUUUAUGUAAUACAGAGGACGUAAACAAGAAAAUGGAAGCUUGUGGUUUCGACGUUAUCGACAUCGAAGACGGAUGUUUUGAUGUAUACGGUAUCGCCGAAGCUCUUAUCAAGGCACGCGCAAGCACCGAGAAACCUACUUUCAUCAAUAUCCGCACGAUCAUCGGCAUCGGGAGUAGACGAGCUGGCGACGCGCUGGCUCAUGGUGUCAAUUUUGGUGCCGAAGACGUUGGCAACAUCAAAAGAUGCUUUGGUAUGGAUGCCGAUGCACACUUCAUUAUAUCAGACGAAACCUAUGAGUUCUUCCGGGAAGUGAAGCCUCGUGGUAUCAAACUAGAAGAAGACUGGAACGCAAUGGUCAAGGAGUACGCCACAAAGUAUCCGGACGUAUACGAAGAAUUCCAAGCCAGAGUUGAGGGUCGCAUGACUGCUGACUGGACUCAACUCAUCCCCAAGAAGGAAGACUUUCCAACUGCGCCAACAGCAUCACGCAAAUCAGCCGGCGCUGUAUGCAAUCCGCUUGCGAGUGGCCUCCAGAAUAUGAUGGUAGGGACUGCAGACUUAAGUCCAUCUGUCAAUAUGAUCUGGAAAGGCAAAGUCGACUUCCAGCACCCCGAUCUCAAGACUGGCUGUGGCAUCAACGGCGACUACACCGGCCGCUACAUCCACUGGGGUAUCCGCGAACACGCCAUGGCUUCCAUCUCAAACGGGCUCGCGGCAUUCAGCAAAGGCACCAUUCUCCCCGCCACGUCUAGCUUCUUCAUGUUUUAUAUCUACGCCGCGCCCGGAAUCCGCAUGGGCGCCCUCCAACGACUCCAGCAAAUCCACAUUGCAACGCACGACUCCAUCGGCACCGGUGAAGACGGUCCCACUCACCAACCUGUCGAGCUCGCAAACCUCUACCGCGCUAUGCCCAAUCUCCUAUACAUUCGCCCCGCCGAUAGCGAAGAGACCGCCGGUGCAUUCAUCACCGCUCUCAACGCCAAAAACACCCCGUCUAUGAUCUCCCUCUCACGCCAAGUCCUCCCACAAUACCCACAACACUCUUCGCGCGACGGCGUGCAACGGGGCGCCUAUGUCUUCAUCGACGAACCGGCCGCUGACGUCACCCUUAUCGGCGUUGGCGCCGAGAUGAAGUUCGCCGUCGACACGCGCCGCGUGCUCGCGGCCAAAUACAACAUCAAGGCCCGCGUCGUCAGCUUCCCGUGCCAGCGCGUCUUCGACAAGCAACCUGUUGACUACCGCCGCAAAGUACUUGCCUGGGACAGCAAACUGCCGCGCGUCGUUAUCGAGGCGUAUAGUCCGCAGGGCUGGGAGAGGUAUGCGGAUGCGGGGUAUUCGAUGCAUCGCUUCGGACACAGUCUGCCUGGUGCAGUGGCGUAUAAGUAUUUCGGCUUCGAUGAGGAGGUUAUUGCGCCUCGUGUGGUUGAGAUUGUGGAGUUGGUUCGAAAGCAUGGGAUUGAGAGUAUUAGGGGUGAGUUUAGAGAUUUGAAUGAGACGCGGCAGCAGGGGCAUUAUGAAUAUUAGGAGGGAUCGGGGUAUGCAUUCGACUUGACUGGCUAAUAAAUCAUAAUGUGUUGUUACUCGAAACUAUGACGGUGUGUCGAAUGUCACACGUAUCUUGUCCGAAAACAAACCUCUGUAGAGUCGAGGGCAAAUAUAGAAUGCGGAACGCACUUACAAGGCCAGAUAUUAGUUUCAUCGUUGCUG